GGGGAGCUGGCUUCACUUCCGGGCCGCAGUCUGGGGCGGCUAAGCAUGUUGCCAUAGCGACCAUUUUGCGUUAACUGGUUCGUAGCUUUCUUCCAAGUGGCAGGGCGAGUGCGGGGACAAUUCCUCCUUCACUCCCUCUUGGCUCCCUGUGGCCGAAAGGCCUUAGCAGGUUCCCGAGGUCUGGCCUAGGAGCGGGAUGGCUGCGGAAGAAGAGGACGAGGUGGAGUGGGUGGUGGAGACCAUCGCGGGGUUUCUGCGAGGCCCGGACUGGACCACCCCUAUCUUGGACUUUGUGGAGCACAAAUGUGAAGUUUUUGAUGAUGAAGAAGAAAGCAAAUUGACCUAUACAGAGAUUCAUCAGGAAUACAAAGAACUAGUUGAAAAGCUGUUAGAAAGUUACCUCAAAGAAAUUGGAAUUAGUGAAGAUCAAUUUCAAGAAGCAUGCACUUCUCCUCUUGCAAAGACCCAUACAUCACAGGCCAUUUUGCAACCCGUGUUGGCAGCAGCAGAUUUUACUAUCUUUAAAGCAAUGAUGGUCCAGAAAAACAUUGAAAUGCAGCUUCAAGCCAUUCGAAUAAUUCAAGAGAGAAAUGGUGUAUUACCUGACUGCUUAACAGACGGUUCUGAUGUGGUCAGUGACCUUGAACAGGAAGAGAUGAAAAUCCUGAGGGAGGUUCUUAGAAAAUCUAAAGAGGAAUAUGACCAGGAGGAAGAAAGGAAGAGAAAAAAUCAGUUAUCAGAGGCUAAAACAGAAGAGCGCCCACUGAAUACUAGUGAAGCUGCAAAAAUGAGUAAUUCCCAAGGGGAUGGUGAACAUUUUGCACACCCACCCUCAGAAAUUAAAGUGCAUUUUGGUAAUCAGUCAGUACAACCGUUGGCAAGAAAUGUGGAAAUGCUGCCUGAAACUUCCUCCCUCCCACAAAAAGGCCUGAAGAUUCCUGGCUUAGAACGUGCAAGCAGUGAAGGACCGAUAGCGAAUUUAUCAGCACUUGGAAAAGAAGAACUCCGGCAACGAGAACACUAUCUGAAGCAGAAGAGAGAUAAGUUGAUGUCCAUGAGAAAGGAUUUAAGGACUAAGCAGAUACAAAGUAUGGAGGAAAAAGGAAAACCUACUGAGGAGGUAGAGGAAAUGAGAGAGAAACCAGAAAUGACAGCAGAGGAGAAGCAAACAUUACUGAAGAGGAAAUUGCUUGCUGAGAAACUUAAAGAAGAAGUUAUUAAUAAGUAAUAAUUUUAAAGACCAAUUUAGCAAAACAGAAGUUCAAAUUUUCUUAAAAAUAAAUUAUUUAAUCCUUAAAC